GGCCGUUGCAUGAAUGGGCACAAUGGCGGCUGUGUCGCGCUUGCGCACAUCGACCACUCGAAGCUAACGGUCGGUUAGCAUUAGCCGCUUACAGUACAGCCCACUCCUCACUGCUGAUGUCGCUCACUUCAAACCUCAUGUUUUCAUCACGUUUUGUUGUAAAGCCAACUAGAGCAAAGAAGUGACUGGAGAGAAAACAAGUACACUUACUGGCAGAGGCAAAAUGCUGAAUGCCACUAAUGGCGACCCAGGCCAUGUUGCUGUCAAUUAUGUGGAGGAGUACUUCGACCUGAUGGAGUCGCUACCCUUAGAUAUGCAGAGAAGCGUGUCCCUCAUGAAGGAAAUCGAUGCCAAGUAUCAAGACGUUCUCAAAGAGCUCGAUGAUGCUUACGAGCGCUAUCGCAAGGAGUCCGACUCACCCCUGAGACGUAAACUUCAGAUGUCCAUCCUGAGGUCGCUGAUUCGCUGUCAGGAGCUUGGAGACGAGAAGAUUCAGAUCGCUGGACAAAUGGUGGAGUUGACGGAGAAUCGAACACGACCGAUGGACUCGCACUCGGAAUCCUUUCGUCCUCCCAAAACGUCCCAGAGAGCCAUGUCCCCACAGCGCCGCGGCAGCGGAGGAGACAAAUCCGGCGGAAAGCGCUCCAGGCGGCAGAAAAACGGCGACGGCAGGGAAAGUUACAGCGGCAUGGACCCCGCCGAGGACGUCGCCGUUGGGGCGUCCCGGGAGAAGCGGGCCAAGACGUCGUCCAAGAAGAAGAAGAGGUCAAAGGGGAAGCCGGAGAGAGAAGUGUCUCCUCCCGACCUGCCCAUCGACCCAGACGAGCCUACAUACUGCUUGUGCGAGCAGGUGUCCUACGGCGAGAUGAUCGGCUGCGACAACGACGAGUGUCCCAUCGAGUGGUUCCACUUCUCCUGCGUGGGACUGCACCACAAGCCCAAAGGCAAGUGGUACUGCCCCAAGUGCCGAGGCGAGAACGAAAAGACCAUGGACAAGGCCCUGGAGAGGGCCAAGAAGGACCGGGCGUACAACAGGUAGCCUCACCAACACUCGGGACCUUUCUAGUAUUACUUUGACUGUUGGCCUUUUUCGUCUGUGUAGUCGUGUAAAUAGAUAUUUUUCUAAGACGGUCAGGACUUGUUCUAAACUUGUGUUUCCACAUGCAUGCAGCAGCCCAUAUUCGACUGUACGUGUCCUGUUAAUAAAUACAUCAUCCUUCAACAAA